GAAUUUUCAUAACAUUCUGAUGACAAGUGUCAAAUGAGCAGGUGCUCAUAAGAAACCGGAAUAAUUUGUUCAUAAGCAAGAUGAGAUUCAUUCCGCUCCAUACGACUAACACGGCGAUCGUGUACAAGAACUCUUUGUGCUCAUUUGCCUCACUUUUGGUCCUGGCAUUCAUCGCACUCUCCGUAAUGCUUCCGGUUUUGCUAGUAUCCAUGCUCAGUCCUUAUUCUGGGAUAUCAGAAUCAAGAGUGUUAUACGAACAACCUAUGGUGCAGUUCACCUAUGAGUACAUAUUCGUGGGCACAACAGAAGCGGGGGAAUACGAGGAAGAGGAAUCACUGAUCGCCUGCAGCACAUUCAGCAAUUUCAAUGCCCAAAUGGAAAGAUAUACCAAUAGCUGCACCACCACCAGGUACUGGAUUGAGGAUGUGGACUACGAUGGAGUCACUGAUCGGGCCCAUUUCCAACUGGAACUGCAGGAUGUGCCUAAUCGAUUGCUCAGCUUUAAUUUGCUACUCUUCUUUAAGGCAUCACUGCAACACAAAUGUGAUCUAUCACCUCCGUCCGUAUUGGCCUAUCAACUACCUCUUGCCAACCGGCCUACAAAUGGACCAAAUGGACACAUACAACUGAAAGGAGAGCUACAACUAAAGCAAUAUGUGGAGUUCACCUGCCCAUUUCCAGGGCGCAAUUUCAAGACUCAGUUCCGUCACGUCCAAGUGGAUACAAAUGCGACUACAGGAAAUAUAGAGCAGUUUAAAAUGGAGUCCCUACUAGCUCAGGUGAAGGCCAAUCCCGCCUAUUUCCAGUUGGCCGUUCAGGAGACAUACUAUAGAGAGACUUCACCUCGUUUUGAACCCGGUCUUAUCAUUGAACUGGAACUGGACGUGCUUCAAGUGCCCGCUCGUUAUCAUCUCAGCAUUUGGGAACGUCUAGGCCAAUUCUGGCUGUACUUUGCCUCGUUCUUCGGCAUCUCGUUUUACAUUAUGAACAAGCUGAAGGACUUCCUCUUCGGGCGCCAUAUCGUUCGAUCCUGGGAGAUCAUACCAUGGAAAAAGCUCUACUGACACGAAUCGGGCGCCAUUUUGGAAAUGGACAACUUCUCGAUUGGCGAAUAAUUUCAGGUUGUCCAGUUUGUUGUUGGAUUCACAAAGCAAUUUCAUUGUCAGUCAAAUAAUAAAUAUAACAAAUGUACAGGAAA